UCGGCAAGCAGGGAACGCUGCGGGUAAAUAGAAUGAGCAUCGUACAGCACAAAUGUCUCGUCAAGGGCCAAGCAAAAUCAGCCAUCUUUUUUAUCUGUGAACAUAAUGUGUGUGAAAAGGGUAUGCCGCUGCUGAUUCGAAUGUUUCCUAGUCACAUCUAAUGUUCGGGCUGAACAUUUAAAAAUACAGACGACCAGCUAUCCAUACCGGUCGUGGUCGACGAGUGCAUGAAUGGACGGUGAGCCCCCCCCCUUGAGCGUGAGUGCGUGAAAGAGACAAUUUGUGUGAGACGCCGCAAAAGAGUUAAAAGUGAGAACGAGUGUACGAGUCGGAACUAGCGAAGCGAAGUGUGAAAGUGGGUGAAAGAGAGUGAAAGAGGAAUAGAGAGAAAGGACGAGAGAAAGAGAGCGAGAGAGAGAGAGAGAUUGAGCGAGAGCGAGCGAGACAAGCGAGUUGUGUGUGUAAGAGCGCUAAGGAGCUAGAGAAAGAGAGAGAGAGAGAGAGAGAGCGAGCGAAAGAGAAAAAAGAAUGUUCAAACGUAUGUAAGAGAUAUGUCUAUCGAAUAAGCAUGCAAGAGUAACGUGCGAAAGAGUGAGCAAGAACGAGCGAAGCGAGAAAGAGAGAGAGAGAGAGAAAGGGCCAAAUAAAAAAAGAUAGAAUGCCUUUAUCACUAUAGUGUACUAUCUACUAAAAUCAACUAUCUGGAUCGUGUGAUUUGAACUGAUAGCAAAUGUAAGAGCCUGGCGUGAACGUGAGCUGGACGAACGUGUGAAUCGUGAACGUGAACUGUUAGUGUAUUCCGUAGGCAACAGAGAGCAUCGAUCUAAGUUCUCUAACCGAAAAACCUACUUAUACCUCUUAGUGCGCAAGGCGUAGUUGUGUGUUAGUAGUACCGGUGGUAGAUAUAUCAUCUUCAGAGGGGAAACUAAGACGCGCCGCUUAGCGGAGCUAGUAACUUUUGGAGCAAGCGAAUGACUACGGAGAACAACUCUGCAGAUAUGGGUUCCACCGGGACAGUGCUAGUAGCGGAAGAAGAAGGCGACGAAGCGGUGGAGAUACCGCUGGAAGACGACGGGACGCUGCUGCUUUCCACACUGCAGGCCCAGUUCUACGGUGCGUGCGGACUUAAGUAUCGGAACCCGGAGAACAAAGCGAUUCGGGGCGUACGGCUCAGCGACAACAAGCUGCAUCCAUUUUCGCCGGAGACCGGCUGGGGCAGCCAUGUGUACAUCUGCGUGUUUCCCAAGGAGAACAAGCGCAAGAGCGACGACAAGCUGGAAAACUCGACUCCCAAGACGAAGCGCAUCGAGAGCCGGAACCGCACGACGACCGAUCUGAUUGUGCUCGGGUUGCCGUGGAAGACGACGGAGGAGGGCCUGCGGGAGUACUUCGAGACCUUCGGGGAUCUGCUGGUCGUGCAGAUCAAGAAAGACUCGAAGACGGGCCAAUCGAAGGGCUACGGGUUCAUCCGGUUUGCCAAGUUCGAGUGCCAGAUGAAGGCGCUGUCCAAGCGGCACCUGAUUGACAGUCGCUGGUGCGACGUGAAGGUGCCGAGCAGCAAGGAUCAGAUGCAGCACCAGAUGCCGAGCAAGAUAUUUCUCGGGCGCGUGACGGAGGACAUCACCGCCGACGAGAUCCGGGAUUACUUUAGCAAGUACGGCGAGGUGACGGACGUGUUCAUCCCGAAGCCGUUCCGAGCGUUCGCCUUCGUGACGUUCAUCGACCCGAACGUGGCGCAGAGCCUGUGCGGUGAGGACCACCUGAUCAAGGGCACCUCCGUGUACGUAUCGACGGCUUCGCCACGGCCCGAGCAUGGCCGGCAUCAGGGUAAGGGCCAGAUGGGCGGCGGUGGCAAUUAUGCCACCUACGAGGACCGAGGUCGCUGUGGCACCAGCGGUGGCGGCAAUGGGAGCGGAGGUGGAAGUGGUGGCAGCGGUGGCGGCGGCAGAGGAGAAGCGGGUGGUCCGCAUGCAGGUAAUCCUAACACUAGCUAUCAUCACGCUGGAGGCGGUGGUGUUGGAGGUGGUGAAGGAGGUGGACCGGGUGGUCCCAUCGGAGGUUACAACCAUCUGCAAGCCGGUGGCGGAGGCGGUGGUGGCGUUGGUGGUGGAGGUGGCGUCGGCAAUCAGCAGCCCAUCUGGAACUACAACGAUUACACCGCGCAGAACCGUCAGAAUAGCAGUAGCAUUGACUCGAUGCCGAACUUGCAAGCGCUUGGACUCAACUCGACUGGCCCGAGCGGACAGGGGGGCAUGCCCGGUAGCCACCACGUCGGCAUGGGAACGCACCUCAAUGCCAACGGGGUUGCCGGUACCGUUAACGGAGGGACUGGUGUGAUUGGGGCACACGGCGGCCCGGGACUCGGUAGCAUGAAUCUCAACCAGAUGCCAAUCAAUCCAGCGAUUAUAGCGGCUGCGCUAAGUCAGUGGAGCCUGAUCGGGAAUCAAAUCCACCAGAAUACGGCCUGUGGUCCCGGUGGUCCCGGCGGUCCCGUUGGCCUUCCUGGGCAGACGGGCGUUGGAGGUCCCGGCCCCGGCCCCGGCUCUGGAAUGCCGGUUAACGGACCAAAUUCGAUCGUAACCGGUCAGGAGUACCUGUCCUGGAAUGGCAAUGGGGCACCGGUAGCAGGUGGACUAACAGGGCGUGUCGAACCAAAUCGUCAGUAG